GUGAGAAGGACCGCAAUUUGAACUUCGCCAAGCUCCAUCGGCUAAUCAAAUCACAGGUACUAGUGACUGAUAGCACGAGGCAUCAGCUCCUUUUACUUUGUACAAAUGUUGAAAUGGCAGUCGCCAUGCAAAUCACUGGGCAAUGCAGCACGUCAGCUAUUAUGGGACAUGCGCGACCUGCCGUGCCACAUGGCACUGCGCCCUGCUAGGCUGCAAUUGUAGCACAUGGUCUUCGCAAUAUCUUGAAGCCAUAAAAACACUGCAUGGAACCUAUUGUCGUAUGUCGGAUAAUCACGCUUUCGAACCCCAAUAACGAUAUACCACCAAACAUCCUCUAUCAUUCAACCACAACACCACCGCUAUGAAUACAGAUGUGCUCCUCCGUCGUAUCAGCAUCAUAUCGUUGCCACCGGCCUUCAUCCUACUUCUCGCACAUGGAAUAGUAUCAAGUUACGCGUUUCCAGCCCUUGGCAUACUCCCACUGGCAUGCUCUGCCUUCCUCAAUGGGGUCCUCCUAUACCGCGACAAACUAGCCAGCACCGGGUCUCCUAUUCAAGCCCUAUCACCAUCAAACGUCCUAUGGGGUGAUACCGCGCUUGCCAUCUUCCAUAUUUCAUUCCUGAUUCCGAGCUGGAUCUUUUUGGAGGUUGCCAACGCAAGGGGUUUGAUUCCGUUGGGGACGUAUGGGACAGUAUUCAUGAUGAUUGACUUUGGUAUUCACACGUACUUUGUCGUGACGGGGGUUUGGCACAUUUUAACAUCUUCUAGCUGCGACUGCCAGCAUUGUCGCAGUGUCAUGGCCAGGGGCAGUAUCCUGCCUAGAUAUGUAUCCGAGUACACGCCGCUUAGCGAGGCCGAUGACGAGCAGGACAUUAGUCCUGAUGUUGAGGCGGGUACUUGACCACAUAUAGAUUAGAGAUUUGGAAAUAUCAAGGCAUAAUCUCUAGUAUACUUGCGACUUGCCGGCGUUCUGAUAAAGAGCGAGAUGCAGUAUAGACGGUAUGCGAUGGAUUACAUAUUCAAAGCAUAGGUACUUGGCUCCAUAAUCACCCAUACAUAAUAACAACGCAUUGGAUUGAACAGAAGCC